UACUGCAUUUUGAUUGAAGCGGUAAUCGUUGCCAUGGAGGCCGUGGCGUCAUAGAAGAUGCGUACGCUGACGUCAUAUCUGUACGUCACGCAUCGAUCGAUAUUUGUACUAUUGCCACUCGCUCGCACUCGCUUUUCAAAGUGACGCGAUGGCGUGUUCGUGAAUUGGAAUAUGGGAAAUGACUGAUGUAAAUAUAGAAGUAAAUGAAUAUAUUCGGAUAAAUAUAUGAAUGCAAUGUAUAUGCAUUGAGUAGUGUAUCUUUAUCUUUGUAUCUGGGGCCCAGGUUUACUACAACUAAAGGAACAUAGUUUAAGAUUUAUCCUUGUGCAAGUGCGAAAAUAUAGGUUAGAAACGCAUCUUUAAAAAUGUCAUCAGAAGUUUCUUCACAAGAGAGACCAGCCGUGAUUUCGAUUACGGGGGAAAUUGAGAAUCCUCGACAUGUGGAAAAGCAAAAAGAAACUCGGGGGGCUCAAACUUCUACAGAAGAUAUGCCUGUAAAGGCAGAGAAUCGAUCAGAGGAGGAUAUGAGAACCCGAAAACCAGUAGCAGAUGUGGGAAACCUGAAGGAGGAAAGUAAUUCUGAGGAACCUGACCACCUGGGGGUGAAUCUGGACGCUGCCAGUCCUGUGCCUUUUGAUUCCUGGUUGCAUGUCAUUAUGGAAGAGAGGGCUGUAGGAGAAGUACAGGUCCUAGGUGCUGUAGGCUCUGAUAAAACAGAGGUUGGUACCAGGCAUAUGGUAGACAGAGCAAAUGGGCCACGGCUGAUUGCUGCAAGUGGUUUUCAGGAAUCUAGAUCUCGAAAUGCUCUUUCUAGGCGCAACAGAAAUGAAAAUGGAACAAAUGCACUUCAAGAACGGGCAGCUUUUCCAUGUACGGAUUGCGGGCUGUCAUUUGCAAGUGCAGUUUAUCUUAAGUCACACUCCACUCAUUGUCGUCAACGUCGUGCUCCAGCAUACAGAAAUCACCUUGAUUCAUCAAGUACUCUAAAUAUUGGUGCAAAUCCUCAACAGAAUCCAGAUUUACAUGUUGGGCAAAUGCGCUUCAGUUGUGAACAGUGUUACAAAGCUUUCUCCUCUGCAUACAAUCUUGAAAGACAUCGCCGAACUCAUAGUGGUGAACGACAUUGUGAAUGUCAAACCUGUGGAGCGGCAUUUGCGGACCCAUGGCAUUUACAGAGGCAUGAGCGAAUUCACACUGGUGAAAGACCAUAUCGUUGCAAUCUUUGUGGCGAAUCCUUCACGGAGUCAGGAAAAUUGAAAAGACAUGAACGUAUUCAUUCAGGUGAACGACCCUACCGUUGUGAAGUAUGUGGAAUGGACUUCAGGGUAUCUAGUCAUCUCAAGACUCACCGUCGAAUUCACACAGGAGAACGCCCCUACCAAUGCACUGAGUGUAGUCUUAGCUUCAUCAGUUGUAGUGUGUUGCAUCGACACAGACGGAAACAACAUGGUGUGCCUUCCAUACCUGGGGCAAUCAGUGAUUCCACCCGUCACUUUCCAGUCCUGCUUCUCUCUUGCGAAUUAUGCCACAAGGCCUUUUCGUCUGCAUAUAAUCUGGAAAGGCAUAGGCGAAUUCACAGAGGAGAGAAACCCUACAAGUGUCAGACUUGUUCUGCUGUAUUUGGAGACACUUGGCUAUUAAAGAGGCAUGAGCGUACUCAUACUGGUGAACGACCUUACAGAUGUGAUGUAUGUGGUGAAGCUUUCAUUGAAUCCAGUAAAUUGAAGAGACAUUCACGGGUUCACACUGGGGAAAGACCUUAUCGAUGUGAAAUAUGUGGGACUGAAUUUAAAGUUUCUAGUCAUCUGACAAUGCACAAAAGAAUUCACACUGGGGACAAGCCCUACCAGUGUGAAGAAUGUGAUAAAGCUUUUGCUAGAGGAAGUAUUUUACAUCGGCACAGGCAAAGGGUUCAUGGCGUGCCUGUUCCUGUACCAACAUGCAUCAAUGCACCAGGUGUAUGUUCAUAAAUGAUAAUUUUAUGACAGUAAUUAGCAUAAUCCCCAGAAACCUACAGAUUACAGUGUAAUGUCACUCUUUCCAGCAUUUAUAUUUGCACAUUAAAUGUUUACAUGUGUAGAGAGAAAAUGUAGGAUGUUCCUUCAAUUGUAUUGCUUGACUGCACACCAAAUAUAAGCAAGUAGGUGGCUGCAGAUUGAUGUGAAGCCCUUCAGAUAAUGUUUGGGUAUUGAGGCAGCAGUGAUGUUUUUUAAAGUUUUUGGUUCUGAUUUGCACAUGAUAGAUAUUGCACAGGGUAAAUUAUUUAGUUCUUCAUUGUUGAGCACAUGCUUUUACAAUACACAGUUUUUGUCUAUGAUGUGAGAUCAGAUGCUGUAAGGUAAAGGUUAUAUAAAGAAAAUAAUAAAGGUUGAGGGAUGAUAAUGUAGGGCAGCUAGUGUUUGUUGAGGAGGAUCUCAAAACAUUUUAAAACACAUGAAGGUAUUUCGUAAAAUAUGAAAAUGUAGAGAAAAUAAUUAAAAUGUUUUAUUAAAUAUUUAUCAUGAAUAUAAACUAAAUUUUUAAUGAUGGAAAUAAGAAUCUGUAAAUAAAGUAUUUAUUUUCAUUUGUUUUAUUGUAGGUUUGAUUGAGAAAUUCAAAUUCAAGAACUUCUUAUGUGUAGUACCAAAGUGUCCAUCAUGUAACAGAGGAAGAUAUCAUUUUUUUUUUUUUAUAUAUACAAACAUUUUUGUUGAAGAAUUUUUUAAAUUAUUAAAUUUUCUUUAAAUUAGGAGAUCCCUGACUAAGCAUUUUAUGUUUUUAUUGUGGUCAUUAAGGUUAACUGAUAUAUGAUGAAACAUGCACUUGAAUGAAUAAGCAAUGUAAUUCCCAUCAUAGCUCAGUGUUACUGAUGAAAGUAUAAGAAAGCACUGUUGAUGUGGUGGUGUUUUUUUUUAAAGAGUAUUUUAUCAUCUCUUCUACGUAGUUGGAAAUAGUGUUCUGUCUUCUGAACUUGAUGGUAUGAUCUCAGUGCCUAGUAGGAAUAGGAAUAGAAUUUUUAAUUUUUCUUGGGCUCUUGUUAGUUCCAUUGCACACAACAGCUGGUUUUUUCUUUUUCUUUUUUUUUUUUUUAAAGCUAAAAACAUCAUGAUACCAUCUCUUUUUGCUGAUUGUGUAUUUAACAUGGAAAUGUAUCCUGAAUAUCAUUUAAAUAGCACCACUCAGACCCAUUUAUAGGGAAAAGAAUCUAUCUCAUGGCAUAUGGCAAAGAAACGUUUUGUAAGUAGAUUAUCUAAUUGCAAGAAAUUUAUGACAGUGGUUUCGUUAAUGUUGCUUCCAUUUUCUGGCUCCUUGAUGACUAUUUGCUAAUAUACGUAAUUCACAUGAAUUAGUGAAUAUUGAUGGUUCUAUUUUCUAGAACUUUUAGCAUUUUUCACUACUUUUCAUUAUUUUUCUUCUUUUCAUUGAGGCAAAAUUAAAUAAAUGUGGAAAGAUUUCAAAUGUAACUACAUAGUUAUGUCAGUUGCAGCUAUGUAAGAACUUCUUAACAAAUAUGGGUACAAGGUGUGCUUCAAAGGAAAAUAGUGAGAUUCCCAAAAAUCCAAAAUCCUCAGAUACGUAUCUGCAUUACCCUCAGAUAUCUUUAUUUGAAUUGUCAUCUCACACUGCCACCAUUUGAACUUUAUUUUAGCUUUGCAGGGGAAAUGCCUUUACUACAAUGACAGCAGUACAUUUCUCUACAACAGCAUUUAUCUUUGUGCUAUAAACAAAAACAAAAAUAAUAAUAAAAAAGGGAUCCAUUUUUUCAUACCAAAACUUCCUUCUUGAAAUGUUGAGGUAAUAGAACAACCCAAUUUUUCUCAAAAUUUCAACAUUUUACAUUUUAUCUUUGUCCAAAAUAAUUUUAGAAUACGUUGAAUUAGCAGCUUUGAAAAGUACUUGGCAUAAUUUGAUUGGAGACCUCUUUAAGUAUUCAUGUUCCAUCUUGAGAGAGACUGAGUAUCUGAACUGAAAUGAAUUUGAAAAAUAAGAAGUAUGUCUUCUUUUCUCAGUAUGGCUAGGCAUCAUAUUGUAAUUUUAUAUUCAGGUGCUGGUUGAAGUAUAUGAAAGCAAGCAUUCAUUCACAUAUAUUUCAUACAUUUGUCUACAUUUACACACACACACACACCCCAACGGAAACAAUGGAAUUUCUCUGUAUCAUCCACCACAAUGAUGAAAUUUUUUGGAUUCAUAAGAGCAUUUUAAUUUAUAUAAGAAUUAACAAAUUCUUGCACCCGUAUUAAGCGACAAGGGAACCUCUGAAAUUUUAUAAUUGGUUUUGGGAAUAUAUAGUUCUGAGGCAAAGCACAGAAUUCCUAAAAUAUCGGACAUCUUGAAACAUUGCUAAUGAAAGUUAUCUUCUCAACUGAUCCAUCAGACAAGACUUUACUCAUGCUAUCAGUUGUUUUAAAUCACUGAAGAGGUACUCUUGAGAUUUUUAGGCGUACUGAAAAUACUGCUGAGAGAUCAUGCUCUCAAUAUACAAAUCUGUCAUUCACUGGUGGAAACAAAUGAAUGAUCCAGUAAAAGUUUUUCAAAUGCUCCUAAAAUUAAAGAGGAAAAACAAAAAAGUUACCGCUUUUGUAAAAGUCAAAAUUUUGAAGCAUGUGACCAAACAAGGGAACAAGCUCAACUAAACUUAAUUUUGUUUUGUCAAGCAUUAAUCAUAGCCUAGUGAUUCAGUGUUUAGAAGUUUAUUCAUUUUGUUGAAAAUGUAUUAUAAUUUAAUUGUCAAAUUUGUUACAAGUAAGAAGUGUUUGACAUCUGGAAAACUGUGCUAGGUGCAUAAUGUUCUAAAUCCUUCCCAUUUUUUGAAUUACUGUUAUUCACUUUUUAAACAAAUAAGGGAUCUUCAUAGUACAAAAGUGAAGUUCUAUUCAGAUGUCAGUUUUGUGUAUAUAGAGGUAAGAGCACUUUUCUAUAUGCCUAAAGGGAUUUGAAUCCAUCUGGGAAAGAGUCGAUCACCUAAUAAAAUUACUGUAAGCACUAGUAAGUCUUAUAUAAAAUCCUUCAUUAAAAGGCAAAAUUAUUUUAUUAAAUAUCACAGGGUAAUUAUUCUUAGCUACAGAUUAAUUUCUGUUUUCAGGAAAGAUGUUUUUGUAUCUCUGUGUAAAACUAUUAUAAAUAGAAGUAAAAAAUUUGAACAGGCCAACUACCACACCUGUGUUACCUGUAUGCCAGUGUUACCUAUUAAAUAAAAUUGAAGUGGUGGAAAAUCCAAAUAUAAACUAGAAUCAAGGGCAAAGAGCUCUUAAUGUCAAGAAAUGUAUUUUUGAAAGUGGCUCAAGAAACUUCUGUGGCAGUUGCUAAAUGUAGCUGGUUUUUCAUAUGAGGCUAACUGUAUACGUAUGAAUACAAUUACAAAUUACUAUUCUUCUGCGGCAGAAACUAUUCUAAACAUUUUUUGCUUUAUGAUUGAUAAUUGGAAAAAAAAUGAUACUGAAUAAAAACAUCUAACAUUGUAUACUGCAUGUGAAGACUGAUUAAUGCCACAUUCGUCUGGGAAAUCUAGGCUGUGAAAAUGUGCAUUUAUUAAAUUGUGCUUGUAUUGACAUAACUCAUUUCAUCAUUUGUGAUGAGUAGUAAAUGUCCUUGAAAGAAAUGAGAUUGCACAUGUCGAAAGCAGUGAUAGAUGACAGUGAAACACUGGCAAUUGUUCAUAGAGAGAAGAAUUUAAAACCCAUAAGAGCCUCUUGAUAUUAAAUUUACAGAAUGUUAUAUCAUUUGUGAAUAUAGCCGUGACCAGAGUAUAUAUUUAGAUGCCACAGCAACCAUCUGUGAAAAUAAAUUUAUAUGUAAUAAACCUAUUGCUUAUAUUAUAAAUAUAAAAUCACGUGUACAUAAUGUAAUAUCAUUGCUAUUUUGUACUGCUUGUAUGUACAUAAAUAUUUGUUGCAUUUAACAAAUAGUGACUGCAUACUCAACAUUAUAUGAAAGAUUCAAUGUGGUAUUAUUUUAUAUGUUUAUAUGUAAUCAUGAACACAAAACCAGUGACUGCAUUGAUUGUAUAAGUUAUGGAAAUAAAUUCUUAAAGGAAGAAUGUGAGUGCACUGAUUGAAACAACUAUCUCUCCUGGUAAGAAUGAUAAUCAUAAAGAGUCUAAAAUAAUAUGUAGAAUGAAACUCCAAAAUAUGAUAUGAAUAUGUAGUGGGAAGGGGGUGCAUAUGCAGUAGAACCCUGCAGAUCUGAAAUUUCAUAUAAACCGAACAAAAUGCGGGAUAGAGAGAAUAUAAAUGAAAUAAAUAAAAUGCUUACUUGAAGUGUUAAGAAAUGAUUUGAUAAUUAUUGUAGAAAUGAACAA